CGGCAGUAAUCGUCGUGACGUCAUCGCGGCUGUGACUCGUUUCCUGUGUAAGAUGGCGUCGUGCUUGUUAAGAUUUGCUCGUCAGGGACUGAGCAGGACUGGCCAUGUUUCUAGAUGUUCUAAAGUACUGUUUCAGGCCCGAUAUGAGUGCACCGCAGCAGCAGAAACCAGGCCCACUGUCAGACCCAGGGAUGAUGUAGCCCACAAACAGUUGUCUGCUUUUGGAGAGUACAUAGCAGAGAUACUCCCAAAGUAUGUUCAGCAAGUGCAGGUGAGCUGCUUUAAUGAGCUGGAAGUAAUGAUUCACCCUGAUGGUAUAAUACCAGUUCUCACUUUUCUAUGUGACCACACGAAUGCUCAGUUUAAAAACUUGACAGACCUAACUGCUGUUGACAUCCCAUCUCGCCAGAACAGGUUUGAGAUUGUGUACAAUCUUCUUUCUUUGCGUUACAACUCGAGAAUUCGUGUGAAGACUUAUACUGAUGAACUGACUCCAGUGGACUCUUCUGUGUCAGUCUUUCAGGCUGCUAACUGGUAUGAAAGAGAGGUAUGGGACAUGUAUGGAGUUUUCUUUGCCAAUCAUCCUGACCUGAGAAGGAUCCUCACAGACUAUGGUUUUGAAGGGCAUCCUUUCAGAAAAGACUUCCCAUUGUCUGGAUAUGUUGAAGUACGCUACGAUGAUGAGGUGAAGCGAGUAGUAGCAGAACCAGUGGAACUAUCACAGGAGUUCCGCAAGUUUGAUCUGAACAGCCCUUGGGAGGCCUUUCCAGCAUACAGAGAACCAAAAGACACAGCCAGGUUGGAAUCUGGUGACAAAAAACCUGAAGCCAAGUAAAAGUAAAUGCUCUUAUAGUGCUCUUGUACUGAAAUUAUCUGCUUGAGUGACUCUUAGACUCCUAUUUAUGUAAAUAAAAUAAAAAUGUAUAAAAUUCAAA